CUCCGUAAAUCUGUUUUCAGCAUCAGAGCAAGAAACCUUCUGGAAAAAGAAACAGCAAUCAAUAAAAUUUUAAGGGCCUGCACUAGACAGCGCAUGCUGAGCGGAUCCUUUGAGGGGCAGCCUGCAAAGGAAAGGUCAAUACUUAGUGUCCAGCAUCAUAUACGACAAGAACGCAGGUCACUGAGACAUGGUUCCAACAGCCAGCGAAUCAGCAGAGGAAAAUCUCUUGAAACAUUGACUCAAGAUCACUCCAACACAGUGAGAUACAGAAAUGCUCAGAGAGAAGACAGUGAGAUAAAGAUGAUCCAAGAAAAAAAAGAACAAGCUGAAAUGAAAAGGAAAGUCCAAGAGGAGGAGCUGCGAGAGAAUCAUCCAUACUUUGAUAAACCACUUUUCAUAGUUGGACGUGAGCACAGAUUCAGGAAUUUCUGCCGAGUAGUGGUACGAGCUCGCUUUAAUGCUUCUAAAACAGAUCCUGUUACUGGAGCUGUGAAAAAUACCAAAUACCAUCAGCUUUAUGACUUGCUGGGUUUGGUUACUUACCUGGACUGGGUCAUGAUCAUUGUUACUAUAUGCUCCUGCAUUUCCAUGAUGUUCGAAUCCCCCUUUAGAAGAGUUAUGCAUGCUCCAACACUCCAGAUUGCUGAAUAUGUUUUUGUAAUAUUCAUGAGCAUUGAGCUCAAUCUGAAGAUUAUGGCAGAUGGCUUGUUUUUUACACCAACAGCUGUCAUUAGGGACUUUGGAGGAGUUAUGGACAUAUUUAUAUAUCUUGUAAGCUUGAUAUUUCUGUGCUGGAUGCCUCAGAAUGUCCCUGCCAAAUCUGGAGCUCAGCUCUUAAUGGUACUCCGCUGCCUCCGACCGCUUCGAAUUUUCAAACUGGUCCCUCAGAUGAGGAAAGUGGUGCGAGAGCUUUUUAGUGGCUUUAAGGAAAUCUUUUUGGUUUCUAUUCUUUUGCUGACAUUAAUGCUUGUUUUCGCAAGCUUUGGAGUGCAGCUGUUUGCUGGAAAACUGGCUAAAUGCAAUGAUCCACACAUCAUCUCUAGGGAAGAUUGUCAUGGCAUCUUCAGAAUAAAUGUAAGUGUUUCCAAAAAUCUCAAUUUAAAGCUAAGACCUGGAGAGAAGAAGCCUGGAUUUUGGGUGCCACGAGUCUGGGCAAAUCCUCGGAACUUUAAUUUUGACAAUGUAGGGAACGCGAUGCUGGCACUAUUCGAAGUUCUUUCAUUAAAAGGCUGGGUGGAAGUCAGAGAUGUUAUUAUUCAUCGCGUUGGGCCGAUCCAUGGAAUCUACAUUCAUGUUUUUGUGUUCCUUGGCUGCAUGAUUGGACUGACUCUUUUUGUUGGAGUUGUCAUCGCUAAUUUCAAUGAAAACAAGGGGACAGCUUUACUGACUGUAGAUCAGAGACGAUGGGAAGAUCUGAAAAGCAGACUGAAGAUAGCACAACCUCUUCAUCUCCCACCUCGUCCGGAUAAUGAUGGCUUUAGAGCUAAGAUGUAUGAUAUAACUCAGCAUCCAUUUUUUAAGAGAACUAUUGCUGUACUUGUUCUGGCCCAGUCUGUGUUGUUAUCGGUUAAGUGGGAUGCUGCAGAUCCAGUGACUGUGCCUUUAGCAACAAUGUCUGUUGUUUUCACCUUCAUUUUUGUCCUUGAGGUCACAAUGAAGAUUAUUGCUAUGUCACCUUCUGGCUUCUGGCAAAGCAGAAGAAAUCGGUAUGAUCUCUUGGUGACAUCUCUUGGAGUUAUAUGGGUGAUACUUCAUUUUGCCUUACUGAAUGCAUACACAUACAUGAUGGGGGCAUGCGUAAUUGUCUUCAGGUUUUUCUCAAUUUGUGGGAAGCACGUGACACUAAAAAUGCUACUCCUGACUGUGGUUGUCAGCAUGUACAAGAGUUUCUUCAUCAUAGUGGGCAUGUUCUUAUUGCUUCUUUGUUAUGCUUUUGCUGGAGUGGUUUUAUUUGGUACAGUGAAAUACGGAGAGAACAUUAACAGACAUGCGAAUUUUUCAUCAGCUGGCAAGGCUAUUACUGUACUCUUCAGAAUAGUUACUGGAGAAGACUGGAACAAAAUUAUGCAUGACUGCAUGGUUCAACCUCCAUUUUGUACGCCCGAUAACAGCACCUACUGGAAAACAGACUGUGGAAAUUAUGCUGGUGCUCUUAUGUAUUUCUGUUCAUUUUAUGUCAUCAUUGCAUAUAUCAUGCUAAAUUUGCUUGUUGCUAUCAUUGUGGAGAAUUUCUCAUUGUUUUAUUCAACCGAAGAAGACCAACUUUUAAGUUACAAUGAUCUUAGGCAUUUUCAGAUUAUAUGGAACAUGGUUGAUGACAAAAGAGAGGGAGUAAUCCCUACCUUCCGAGUGAAAUUUCUGCUGAGGCUUCUGCGGGGCAGGCUGGAGGUGGAUCUCGACAAGGACAAGCUGCUGUUCAAGCACAUGUGCUACGAAAUGGAACGGCUCCAUAAUGGUGGUGAUGUCACCUUCCAUGAUGUGCUCAGCAUGCUUUCAUAUAGGUCUGUUGAUAUCAGAAAAAGUCUUCAACUGGAAGAGCUGCUUGCUAGAGAACAACUGGAAUAUACCAUAGAAGAGGAGGUAGCCAAACAGACCAUACGCAUGUGGCUGAAGAAGUGCUUAAAGCGAAUCAGAGCAAAACAACAGCAGUCGUGCAGCAUUAUCCAUAGUCUACGAGAGAGUCAACAGCAGGAGCUGAGCCGAUUUCUGAAUCCUCCCAGCAUUGAGACGACACAGCCAAGUGAAGAUAUGAAUGCUCUUAAUCAGGAUAACAGUGCACAGCCAGAGACAAGUAGCCAGCAGCAGCUCCUUAGCCCAACGCUUUCUGACAGAGGUGGCUAUCGGCAAGACUCUGCAGAUGCUGGGAAACCUCAACGGAAAUUUGGACAAUGGCGUUUGCCAUCAGAAAGAAAGAGUAGAAGAGGGAAUAUGCUAAAGGGGAAUCAUACUGCUGUAGCCAGCUGGAUAAGUUUUUCAACCCCCAAACCAAUAAGCCAUUCAGUGUCUUCAGUCAACCUCCGCUUCGGUGGACGUUCAACUAUGAAAUCUGUUGUAUGCAAAAUGAAUCCCAUGUCUGAUGCUGCUUCUUGUGGAUCAGAAGUCAAGAAAUGGUGGACAAGACAAUUAACUGUGGAGAGUGAUGAGAGUGGAGAGGACCUUCUUGAUAUCUGA